AUGAUUUCUAAAACAUAAUGCAUGUUAAAAGAAAUAUGGGAUUAAUUAUUCGAAUCAAUUUAUCAAAUAUAUGAUCUAUUAGAAAUGGAAGAUAAAUAGAAUUUGAAAAUCAUAACCAAUAUCGAUCCAACAGAAUUAUCAUAUACUGAAUUGGAAAAAUUAGUUUAAAUUAUUAUGGGGAAUGUUUUAGAGGAUUGGAAUAUUUUGAAAUAGUCUUAGUUGAAUAGGUUGGAAAUGGCAAUGAAUUAUUGGGAAUUGGAAACGAAGGGCUUUUGCGAAAAAUUGUAGAAAGAAAUGAAGGAAAUUAUGCAAUUAAUAAAAAAUCCUGAUAAUUGUUAAGAGAAUGUUAAAUCAUUUAACUAAAUUGCUUAAGAUUAUAAUAGAAAUGAAGAUUUGUAUGAGGUAUUAUAAUAGACAAAGAAUAUUGAUGGAUCCUUCCUUAAUGAGUUAAUUAAAAUGCUGAAAAAAGAAAAAAUUACCAAUUGUUUAGAUUUUUUUUCUAAAAAAAGUAAAGAUUAAACUCUAUAUAAAUAUAUUGCAAAUUUGAUGUAAAAUAUGAGUGAAUUAGACUUUAAUAACAAAAAUUAUUCAAUUGAGAACUGUGAAUUAAUGAGAAAGGGAUUGAUAAAACAAAUAUCUUAUGAUUAACACAUUAUUGAAUUUUGA